AUGGAGUCACUCCUGCAACACCUGGAGCACUUCUCUCAGGCGCUAGCGGUUUCCCGCACUACUCACGUGAGCUCCUGGGACCCGCCGACCGUGCGCAGGGCUUUUCAGUGGGCUCGCUACCUGCGCCACGUCCACAGACGCUUUGGCCACCAUGUCCGCAUUCGCACCGUGCUGGAACAGCGACUGCUGCUCCAGUGGAAGCGGGAGGGCAACUUCGAACCCGCUCUGUUUCCGGGGUUGACGAACUUCCAGGCCUUGGGACGCUGCGACCUCCUCCUGUCUCUGCGCCUGUUGGAGAACCGGGCCCUCGGGGGUGCAGCCUGUCGCUGCCUGCUGCAGCAGCUCUUCCCUGGCCCUGGCGUCCCAGACGAGGACGACGAGACGCUCCGAGACCGCCUGGCCCGCCUCGCCCGCCUCCGGGCUGCUGUGUACUUGCUGCGCUGCAGCGGGGAUAGGGAGAACCGGGUCCUUGAGGACUCACUGAUGAGGACCCAGGCGGAGCUGCUGCUGGAGCGGCUGCAUGAGGUGCGGACAGCGGACGCGCAGGGCCCCAGCAAGUUUCUCAGCAGCCUGUGGGAGCGCUUGCCGCGGGACAACUUUCUGAAAGUGAUAGCGGCCGCUCUGUUGCUGCCGCCGUCGUCCCGACCCCAAGAAGAGGAAUUGGAACGGGGCGCCCCCCAAACCUCUGGAGAGGGGGCUCAAGUGCUGGUCCAGUGGCUUCUGGAGAAGUCGGAUAUCUUGACUACCUUUUGCCGCAACCUCCCUGUUGGGCUUUUAACUUCAGUGGCCGGCUGCCAUCCAGACUUGUCCCGCGUCUAUCUAGAUCUCCUGACGGACUGGGGUCGACUCCUGCAUUACGACCUUCAGAAAGGCCUUUGGGUCGCAGUUGAGUCCCAAAAUGUCUCCUGGGAGGAGUUACAUGGACGGUUUCAAAGCCUCUGUCAGGCCCCUCCACCCCUGAAAGAUCAAGCACUAAAGGCCCUCGAAUCCUGUAAGGCGCAGGAUGGAGAUUUCGAAGUCCCUGGUCUUAGCAUCUGGACAGACCUGUUGUUAGCUCUGGGGAGUGGUUCAUAAAAUUGCAUGUAGCUAAAGAAAGACAUUUUAGGUCUCAGCCCUCAUUUUCUAUGGACAGUGUUCUGCUAACUUGGGUAUUCAUGAUUUACAAAAUUAAAAUUCUGU